UCUCCAAGGAGUUGUUGAAGGGGUCUCGUCCUCUCUUCCCCUUUCCUCUCUCGCAGCCAUCUCUAGAGAGGGGAAGGAAGAUUUCAGCGCUUGAGAAAGGAGGGCGGAGGGAGGACGACGAGCCGGAGCCAAUUGCCGGAGGAGGAAGUCCUUCCACUCUCACCUGUCCCCUCCCGGAGGGCUGGAUCUAAGGCUGUGACUCACCUGCGCGGCUGGUUCCCGACAGGACACGACAACAACGCAGCGCCAGGCUUUGGCAGGCGACCAAAGCCACGCAGACUUCUUCGCUCCGUCUCCUUUGGGUGGCUCUGCCCCCUUUCCUCCUCCUCUCCCUCCUCCUCCGUCACGAAAAGGAAGAACUCAGGAGUUCUCUGCAGCGGGCUGUUAAGUAUUAUAAUAUCCAUGUCCGCUUUCGCCUUGGCAAAAGGGGAACAUCUGUCCACUGGGGAGAGACGCCUCUGCCAAGUCUGAUUUCUCCGGCUAACUUAGUCCCCCCCCCUCCAUUUCCACCUGCCCUCGUGCUCUCCCCGCCCCCCUGAUCUGAGACAAAAACCUCCUUGUUCUUUCAUAAUCGCUGCGAAAUCAGUUUUACAAGGGAAGAAAGAAUAGAACCGGCCUCUCCAGUUUUUGGCUUGGAAACCGAAGGAAGAUCUUGCAGGCUUCACAUCCCAGCCGCUUUUCGUUUUGCUGAGAUACGCUGAAAUUUACGGUUUCGGUUGAACCGGUUUAUAUAUUUUGACUUCGACACCAUGUCCACCCGGGACAGCGUGCAGAUUCCGGACGACCGAGAUUUCGACCACUUCCGGACGGAGUGCAAUUCUGACGCCGGCUGGAACCUCACGUACAACAAGUCUGGGGUUGUCGUGUGGAUCCAGAUCCUUGAGGCGGAGAAAUCCCUGCACAAGAUCAAGUGCAGGAUAGAGUGCAAGGAUGUCGCGGCAGAAACCCUCUAUGACGUCCUCCACGACAUCGAGUACAGGAAAAAGUGGGACACAAACGUCAUUGAGACCUUCGACAUCGGCAAGCUGACGGUCAACGCCGACGUGGGAUACUAUUCCUGGAAGUGUCCCAAACCCUUGAAGAACCGAGACGUCAUCACCUUGCGCUCCUGGCUCCCCAUGGGCAAUGACUUCAUCAUCAUGAACUACUCCGUCAAGCAUCCCAAAUACCCUCCUAGGAAAGACAUGGUGAGGGCCGUCUCCAUUCAAACUGGUUACCUGAUCCAGGGAAAAGGAGAAAAGAACUGCAGCCUCACCUACCUGGCCCAGGUAGACCCCAAAGGUUCUUUGCCAAAGUGGGUGGUGAACAAGUCGUCUCAGUUCCUCGCUCCAAAAGCGAUGAAGAAGAUGCACAAGGCUUGCUUAAAGUACCCAGACUGGAAGCAGAAACACAACCCACAUUUCAAGCCCUGGCUGUACCCGGAGCAGAACACCCUGCCCAGCCUGGCGCUCUCGGAUCUGGCCAUCCAGCACGCCGACUCCCUCGAGAACAUCGACGAGAGCAGCCUCUCCGAGACCAAAGAUGACCGGGGCGAAGCCAGCGACGAGGACAGCGUCAACUGAACGACGCCGACAUGCCUCUCCUCCGCAUUUGCGCACCCGGCCUUUGUUUUGUCUGUGUGACCCAGGCCUUGGCCAGCCGGGGUCCGCCGGCUCUUUUGGACUACAACUCCCACGGCGCCGGCUGGGCCUUCUGGGAGUUGUCGCUCAAAAGAGCUGCGGGGCCCCAGCUUGCCAAAGGCCGGCGUCACCAACGCAGUUUGUGUUUUCCGAAAAGAUACCUCCAUGCCUGUCUGGCACACUCAGUGGUGCAGCGGGAGAAAAGCGGGUUGGGCUAGAUGACCCGGGGGGUCCCCUUUGACCCCCCCCCAGUUCUGUGAUCUCCACUCACAGGUGUAGCAAAGCACUCAUCAGUCCCCUCUCCGGGUGUUUUGGACUAUAAUUCCCAUCACCCCAACCAGGACAGCCUUAUGAUGCCGGUGGCGGAGUUUGGGCUCUCAAAUUUCAGCGGCGCAUUGAGCUGCGCCAAAAUCCAGUCCCCACCCCACCCUCCCUCUUGCCUCCCAUUGUUUGUCAUUGUAGCGGCGCCCUCUCAGCUCAGCGCCCAAUGCAGGCGAACCAAUCGUGCCCCCCUAAAUCCACAUCUGGCUCAUGGGAGUUGUAGUUCGAAGCAGCUUGCGGGGCUUCAGGGUGCCAAAGGCUGGCAUAACCAAUGCAGCCUGUGGCUUUUAAACCGAUCCCCUCUCCAGACGCUUUGUGCUACAACUCCCACCGGCCCCACCUGAGACAGCCUUAAGACGCCACGGCUGGUGGGAACUGUAGUUCGAAACAUCUUGAGGGUGCCCAGUUGGGGGAAGGCUGGGGAAUAGGUGGCGUAAAUAAGACUUUUCCUUUGAUGGCGAGCAGCAGACCAGAUGUCCUUUCCCCUUUUUGGUUCCUUGUCCGUCCAAACGACUGCUUUGCUCCUGCCAGGAAAGGCGACAGAUCCUUGCCCUGCCUUUGGUUUUAAACACACAUUUUAAACCAAGUCACAAUUGUGUGGGUGCUUUGCAAUGGUUUUGCAUGCGAGAGAGCGCUGCAGUUCCUCUCCAGGAUGGGUGGAGAAGCAAAUUUCAAAUUUUUCUGCUCCAGAUUGCUGCCUCCCCCAACCAUCCGCAUUUCAGGUCCUUGCCGUGGCUGGUGGGGCCCCUCUCCCUGAAAAUCUUGUCCCCCUGCGGAGGUAGCUGAAGGAAACACUCUGGACACUCCCAAGAGCCUUGUACAUCUAUUCGUCUGGUUCAGUGGCUGCUAUUUUUCACUCUUUUCUGUGUUACUCCAUAAUUGCUCUUAGAGCUGCCUCUUGUGGGUUGGGGGAAAGUCUUUUCUUUUUGGUGUGCUUGUGAUGGCCGUGGAGGGAGCUUCCGCUUUUGCAGGCGGGGUGUGUGGGGGUCUUUUCGCAAUAGGUUCGGGGGCCGAAGUCUCCCACAGGCUUCCUCCUUCAAGCCUGUUGCCUUCUUUUCUCUCCCUGCAAAAUCUGGAAGCCUGGCAAACAGGCAACCUCUGGUGUGGCAUUUAGCCACUCACAGAUCUGGGGUUUGAAGACUGUUUUAUUGGGGGGGGUGUCCUUGAAGCCCCUUUUGCAUUUCGGGGGUGGGGUGGGGGCAAAAGAAGAAGAAGCGAGAUUUCAUACGUUGUUAUCGGAGUCGUUUAUUUCAAAAUAAAAGAAUUCAAGCAAGCCUGCCUGUCUUCUCUCUUUGCAUUGGAGACGGCCGAGAUGAUAAAAUAUCUGGAAACCGAGCCUUGUAAGGAACGGUUGAGAGAGCUGGGUAUCUUUGGCCUGCAGAAGAGAAGACUGAGAGGCGAUAUGAACCGCCCUGUGACCUUUGGAUGAAAGGAGGUACAUAAAUUUAAUAAAUAUAUCAGAGCCACCUUCAAAUAUCUCAAGGACUGUCCCCCGGAAGAUGGAGCGAGCGGUGGGGGUGACAGAAAGGAGGGUGUUUUCUGCAACCAGAGUGAAAACGCCACUGGGACAUGGUCACCAGGACCCGACAUCCUUGCAAAAACAUUUUUAAACUGUUGUUAUUUUAUCAAAUUGAUAAUAAACGAGGAUAACAGUACUCAAACAAUUCAAUAAAAGGGACAAAAAGAAAGUGAGCGUGGUCAGAUGAAAGGAAAAUAUUUGAAGAAACGUGUGCAAAAGAGGCAAUAUGGCAGUAUGCCAAGAUGUGGCAUAAACAUCGGAUCACAAACUCUCAUGAUCAAAAAUAGCACCAGAUUAUAUCAUACUGUAUUUGGACGGCAUUUGCCAUACAUGCAACUUUUAUGAUUUUUUUCCAUUUCUUUUGUUAAAGUUAUAAUACUUGCACU